AAAGGGCAAAGAAUCCUCGAAAACCGGAAUGGUCGCUCGCAGAGUUGCUGUCCUGUCGGCAAUUGCAAAUUGCUCAGAAUCGGAGAUAGGGUUUCUCGUCAAUCUGUUGUUAGAACCAUUCUCAGUUGUUCUUAAACAAAUUGACAUAAUCGACAGUGAAUUCAGACUCGUACCAAAUUUGGACAUUAAUAAAUUUGUGUCCUGUCGAAAACAACUUGGAUAUCUAAAUUUUCUCGGUGAUUUCCUCAAACAACUAGGUUCUUUUUUAUUACCCUUUGUUCCUGAUAUGUUCAAAGUUGUUUUGUAUAUUAUUCACAGUAGUCAAAAAAAUUUGACUGAAGAAAUUGGUCAAGAAGACGCUCUCGAUGCAAUCAACAAUGAUGUUGAAAUGGAAGUUUAUGAUCACGGGCGUCAAUUGAAAUCCAUUAGGCAGCUUGGUUUAAAACGAAUAGUUGACUUUUUCAAGAUCCCUUUUUCAUUCAAUUAUCAACCUUACAUUAAAGAGAUGUUUAGAUCAUUUAUUUCCAUUCGAAUUCCAAAAUUUAAUACAGAAAACACGCAGGCUCCAUCUGCGUUAAUGGAAUUGUUUGCCGUGUGGGCUUCCAAAAGAGAUUAUUUACUCUAUUUAGUGGACUAUAACAAGGAAUUGCUUCCGAAAUUGUUCGCUUGUAUUUCUUCUAAGAAAGUUCAAGAAUCCGUUGUCACGAAAGUUUUGGAUAUUGUGGAGAAUAUUUUACAUAUAUGUGAAAAUGAGAUGGAAGUUGAUACUGAGGAUGUUCAAAUGGAGGAGAAAGGUUUAAUCGAGACAGUCCUGAAACCUCAUGUUUCGACUUUAUUAGACAACUUGGAAAAUGUCUUAACACAAUCAAGCAAGAGUGCCUCCUUUGGUAAAGACGCAUUUUCAAGAAGAGAAAUAUCUAUCCUUUCUCAAAUUGCUGUCUAUGUUGACAACGAGGAGCAAGCAAAAAAAUUGGUAGACCUACUUUUACCAUGUCUUAGAAUAAACUCCCGAAUUAUUUCAGAAAAAACCAAGGCCAAUAUUUUACAAAUUGUUGCCAAAUUUUUGCGCAUCAUACCAGAGUUAUUGCCCAGUAGCAAACUAUUUUUGAAAUAUUUCAAUUACAUAUCUCGCGAGUUUUCAACUCUACGUUCUCGUGAUUGCCGUAAAUCUUUAGUUCAAGUGCUUGAAGAGUUUUCGAAACUGGAUAAUUCCCUUAAAGAAGUUGUGGAACUCGUCGAUGAUCUUAAUUCAUUCUCGACCAAAUUAUUAGGUGAACUAGAUUUUGAGCGACGGUUGAAUGCAUUUAAUCGUAUCAACCAGGAAUCUUAUAGGAAAUUUACCCCAUUGCAAUGGUUGCCAUUACUUCAUAACUGUCUGUUCUUUAUUCAGGAUCAUGAAGAGCUCUCUAUUCGAAAUAAUUCAUCAUUUUGUAUCACGCGGUUUGUCGAUCGAGUCAUAGAAUUUGAGGUCGAGUGCGAAGGCCAUGAUGAUCAAGGAAAAUUUCGGGAUCUUUUGAUACAUGUGGUAUACCCAGCGAUUAAGAAAGGCAUGAGAUUAUCGUUGGAACUUGUUCGUGUUGAAUUCCUUACAAUAUUGUCCUAUGUAGUUAAAAAAUGUCCAAAGAUAGAUCAGUUUUCUGAUAUGACCUGUUUGUUAUUCCAUGAUGAUGAGUCAAACUUCUUCAACAAUAUUCACCACAUCCAACUGCAUCGCAGAAUUCGUGCACUCAAAAGGUUUUCUAACGAAUGCGCCGAAGGAAAAUUGAAAAAAUCUAGUUUGGUUCAAAUAGUUUUACCACUCAUUGGACACUUUAUAACUGAUGCAGACCGUGUAGACCAUACGUUGAUUAAUGAAACAGUUUCAACAAUUGGAAUCAUUGCGGCUCAACUUAAUUGGGGUCAAUACUACUCUCUGCUGAAACAGUAUAUGAGACUUAUUCCAAGAAAAGUAGCCUUGGAAAAAGUUCUGGUCAAGACCAUCAUCACGAUUCUUGAUAAUUUCCAUUUCGAUGUUUUGAACGUGGAAAACUGCAGUAUUGAGCAAAGUGCAUUGACUGAAAAGCUAGAUGCUAUCCAUCCACAUAAUGAUCAGAGUCAAGAAAAUUUAGAUAAUGACCAACAAAAAGAUGAUUUUGAAAAUGCUGACGAGGAUGUCGGUGCAGAUGACGACAACUUGGUAAACGGAGAGGAUCAUUUAAAUAAGGACAUGCUAAUCGAUGAAACAUCUACUAGAUCACAAGCUCAAAGAAUUCAUGAUACAGUCGUUCGCCAUCUACUUCCUGAACUUAAACAAUACCUAACCCAAAAUAAUAAGGAAAAUGUCUCGGUUCGAGUGCCGGUAGCAUUGGCUAUCACGAAAUUGCUGAAAGCUUUACCGGAGGAAUCACUUCGUUUCAAUUUACCUGGCAUGCUGACCACAAUUUGCCAAGUUCUGAGAAGUCGUAGUCAAGAAAUUCGAGAGACCACUAGAGAUACUUUAAUUAAAAUAUCCAAUCUACUUGGUCCCUUAUACUUUUCGUUUAUUGUCAAGGAGCUACAGGGUGCUUUAACUCAAGGAUAUCAAUUGCAUAUUCUUGGAUACACCUUAAAUUCACUCUUGACAAACCUUGUCCCAACUUUACAGGUCGGUGAGAUUGAUUAUUGUCUUCGAAUGAUCAUUGAUAUUAUGAUAAAUGAUAUAUUUGGCGAAGUUGGGGAGGAGAAAGAAACCGAAGAGAUUACGGGCAAGAUGAAGGAAAUGAAAGUCAAUAAAAGCAUUGGAUCAUUCCAACUUCUUGCAAAAAUUAUAAAAUUCAAAAACAUUGGACUUCUUUUGAUGCCGCUUAAAGAAAUAAUGAGGGAAACGCAGAGUGCAAAGGUUCUGCAAAAGGUUGAUGAAAUUUUGCAAAAAAUUUCAAUUGGCUUGGAUGAAAAUCCACACUUUCAGGCGAGAGAGAUGAUCACAUUUUGCAAUGGGUUGAUCACUCAGAACUUGGAUAUUUCAAAACCUACGCCAAAGAACAAAGUCAACAAAACUAACAUGGAAAUGAACUAUACGGUUCAGCUGAAGCGUAACACCGCGGAUCACACGGAUUACUUUGAGACGAAUUCUUAUCUGUUUGUGCAAUUUGGAUUGACAAUAUUUCUGACUGCCCUCAAACAUGAAAAAUUUGAUCUAAAAUCGGAAGAAGGUCUCAAUAUGCUGUCACCUUUCGUAGAUAUCAUUGGAAAUUCAAUGUAUUCUCAACAUUUAGCGAUUAACGUUCUUGCCAUUAAGAUUAUGUGCAUCAUCUGCAGGCUUAAUUUAAAGCCCUUAGAUAAUGCCCUUCCCGUUAUUGUGAAACAAACAUUUUCCUUAAUAAAAACAUCAAACUCCACGAACUCGGUGUUGGUUCAGAAUUGCUUCAAAUUACUAGCAAUAAUCAUUCGUGAUUGUAAACAAGUAGAUUUAAAGGAAUCUCAAUUGACGUUUCUCAUUGAUCUUAUUCGACCUGACCUUGAAGAACCAAGUCGUCAGAACACAACUUUCUCUCUUAUCAGAGCUAUCGUUUCGCGCAAAUUUGUGGUUCCAGAACUUUACGAUCUGAUGCAGUCUAUCUCCGAAAUAAUGGUUACAAAUCAAUCUUCCGGAACACGCGACCUUGCAAGGCAAAUUUUACUCCAAUUUAUUUUGAAUUACCCUCAAGGGCGUGGGCGCCUUAAAAAUCAAAUGAAUUUCUUGGUCAAAAAUCUAAAUUACGUUUUCGAAAGUGGAAGACAAUCUGUGAUGGAAAUGAUUAACUUGCUAAUUAACAAAUUUGGCGAUGAUCUCUUGAUGGAAUAUGCUGAAAUGCUUUUUUUGGCUUUGGUAAUGUCACUGGUCAAUGAUGAAACGAACAAAUGUCGAGAGAUGGCAGGAGCUCUGAUCAAGAUUUUGCUUCGGAGAAUGGAUGAUCAGCGUUUGAGAAAUGUCUAUUUGUUAUUGGAUAAAUGGUUCAAUAAAAGUGAAAAGAAGAGUAUGCAAAGAAUGGCCGUUCAGGUCUAUGGUCUUGUGAUUGAAACAUUUGGAGAAAGGUUCAAGAAACAUAUUACAGAACUACUGGACGUCUUACGAAAUGCAUUGAUAUCAAGUAAACAAGUUUUGGAACAGCUUGAAACUAUAACAUCAGACAAUGAGGACAAACACGAUAAUAUCGUGGAUAAUGCAGAUUGGGAAUUAGGUUAUUAUUCAUUAAAUACAUUUACCAAGCUCGUAAAAAAAUUCCCAUCAAUAAUUUAUUCAGAAAUGGAAAAAAUCAAAGAAAUUUGGCUGUUGGUGGAAGAACAUAUUCUUUACCCCCAUGCGUGGGUAAGGUUGGCAGCUAGUAGGCUCUUUGGAAUGUACUUUGCUAUAAUCAACCCGGAAACGAUGAUUGCAUCCGGAUCUAAUACAAAGAUCGAAUAUUUAUCCAGAGACAUUUUAAGGAAACUUUCAUCAUCCUUUUGUACUCAAUUGAAAAGUGAACUAUUGGGACCGGAACUUGCAAUGCAAAUUGUCAAAAACCUGUUCUUUAUAGGAAAAUGUUUUUAUUAUAUGUUACCGGACAAAGAUAUUGGUGAUGUUAAAACCAUGGAUGAAAUUGGUGAUACUUCAAAAGAUUUUCAAGACGAUAAGGAAGACGGCAAAGAAGAUGACAAAGAGUCACCGGACUCAAUGGUCGAAGAUAAUAAUAUAAAUGACGUGCCGGAUGCGGAUGAACAACAGUUUACUAGGGAUCUUAAAGUUGAAAGUUCAAAUAAUUCAAGGAAAUCUUUACAUUGGUUAUUCAAGAAAUUAUCAUAUCAAGCAAGAUUUGCUUCCAUAAAAAAAGAUGAUGUCGAUCAUCAGCGCAAGAGCAUAUAUCAGUGGAUUGCUGCGAUGAUAACAUUCAUGCCGCCCGAAGAAUCGGAACAGUAUAUAUCCCUUUCAAUAUCACCCAUCUAUCGAUUUGUGAACGAUGAGACCAUCAAAGGACAGGAAAUAGAUAAUCUUAAAUUGCUUGGAAGAGAAGUUCUCGACAUAAUACAGAAACGU